GUAACUGCAUGCAUUCCUGUCCAAUACUGCAUAUUCAUGCUCUCAAACAGUUAUUUUAAAUUGCGUACAAUAUUUAAUUGUAUCUUCUUUCAAAUAGCAUACAUUGCUGAGCUACAAAGCAAAUGGCAAAAAAUUUAUCCAUUAUAUAUUAGCAUAUCUUGGUUUAAUAUCUUUAAUUCUUAAUAUAUUUAUAAUACUAAAUGUGCUCAUCUUGCCCUAAAGUCUACUUUAUUUUGUACCAUCAUUUUGCCAUAAUUUUCUACAGGGAAUAAAGUCAUUCAGAAUAAUGAAAAAGGCAUAUGUGGGCGACUACUGCUGCGUGCCUGGAUGCACAAACUCCCGUGGGAAAUGUAAUCGGGAGGGGCAAGCAAUUAGCUUUUACCAAUUCCCCAAAGAUGUGAGCCGCAAACACAACUGGCUGUGCCACAUACCUGUUGAGAAGGAUUUUACACCUACUACAUCCACAAGGAUAUGUUCUGUGCAUUUUGCAGGAGGUAGAAAAAAUGAUGACCCAACUCAUCCAAGCUACUCACCAACUAUUUUUCCCAAUAGUUCCUCAAAGCCCCGCACAACAAAUAACUCUUUAUCUGCAAAUAGGAGCUACAACCAAAAGCCAAAACAUAUUUUCAGGAAAAGAUCAUCAACUGGCAGGCAAGCUGCUGGCAGGCCAAAAGUUGCCAGACUUUUAGAUUGUCUGAAUGAAGCAGGAGAUCAUGAUUAUUAUACAACAAAUAAACAACAAAAUUUAACAAAAAUUCAACAAUUGGAAAAAGAGGUAACUGAAUUGAAAGAGCAAAUUUCUGAUUUAAAAGGAAAAUUUCUUCGUUUGGAAAAUAUAAAAGAUGAUGACAGAAAAUUUCAGUUUUGGACUAAUUUGCCAAAUUUUUUAGUUUUUUCUUCAUUAUGCGAUUACUUAAAAACAAGAACAGAUUCAAAUAAUUUAUGUUACUGGAAUGGAGAGGCCACAAACACAACAGGGAUGACGUCUAAAAAAGGGCCAACUAGAAAAUUUACAUUUGAAGAAGAAUUUUUUAUGGUUUUAGUUAAAUUAAAGACAGGAAAAUUUAAUGAAGACAUUGCUCAAACUUUUGAUAUAAGCACAGGUCAUUUUUCGAAAAUCUUUACAACAUGGAUUAAUUUUCUGAGCAAUGAACUUAAAACCUUAUUUGAAAUGAAAUAUUCAACAGAAGAACAACCUAAUUGCUUUCAAUCAUUUGACAAUUUAAAAAUUAUUUUAGACUGCACAGAACUUUUAUUACAAAAAUCAUCAUCACUUGAUUCAAGAAAGAGCACAUUUUCAAAUUAUAAACAUCACGAUACAGUGAAAUUUCUUGUUGGCAUAUCACCAAAUCUUGCCGUGAACUUUGUGUCCAGUGCAUGGGGUGGCAGAGCUUCAGACAAGCAUAUUACCCUGAACUCUGAGCCACUCCUGCAUGGACUCAAGAGGGGGGAUUUGGUGAUGUCUGACAGAGGUUUCACUGUAUCUGAUGAAUUGGAAUUUCAAGGUGUAAAGAUCGUAAUGCCUGAUUUUAAGGGAAGAGAAAGAGUGCAAUUCACAAAUGCCGAAUCAAAUAGAUCAAACAAAAUUUCCCAUGCAAGAAUUCACGUAGAAAGGAUCAUACAAAGAAUUAAGACAUUUCACUUAUUAGAACAAAUUGUUAAGUUAAAUAUGUUUGACCUAUUUGAGCAAAUUUUUGUUGUUUGUGCUUACCUGACAAACUUUCAGUUACCAGUUAUAAAGAAAUAAAUAA